AUGGGCAGCGUACAACAUCUGGGCACUCCCGGGAGAGCCGAAAGGGCUUCUGGCUUCCGGAUUCCGCCACUUCAGGAAGAUUCACGUCCGCAGCCCGGAGCUGUUCGACGAGUUAGUGUUGGCGGACGGCAAGAAAGAGGCCUGGGCACCCCGGGCCAACAAGAUCACCGGGCAGUGGUUCGACCAGAUCAAGAAUCUGAAGGAUGUCUCCGCGAACCUCAUGUUCUUGAAGUCAGAGGACGGCUCGAUACCGUAUUCCGAAAGCUAAGCUCUGAACCCUAA